AUGGACGCUGAACAGCAAUUGGGCUACUCCCCUGCUCUCAAGACCAACAAGUUUGGUCUCAACAACUAUCUUAAGAACCACCUGGUUGCUGCUUCUGGUGAGUUCAUUGGAACCUUCAUCUUCUUGUGGGUUGCCUACAUGAUUGCCCAGAUUGCCAAUCAAGACGAGUUCUACUCCAGCCAGGGCUCCAACCCAGCUAAGUUGAUCAUGAUCUCGUUCGGUUUCGGUUUCGGUGUCAUGGUCGCUAUUUUCCUCACCUGCAGAGUUUCCGGUGGUAACCUCAACCCUGCUGUCACCCUGACUCUUGUGCUUGCCAGAGCUGUUUCUCCAGUUCGUGGUUUCAUCAUGAUGCUCUCCCAGAUGGUUGCCGGUAUGGCUGCUGCUGGUGCUGCUUCUGCCAUGACCCCAGGUCCUGUUGCUUUCGCUAACGGUCUUGGUGGUGGAUGCUCCAAGAGCAGAGGUCUCUUCAUCGAGAUGUUCGGUACCACCUUGCUCUGUAUCACUGUUUUGAUGACCACUGUCGAGCAAUCUAAUUUGUCCGACUACGCUCCUGUGUGCAUUGGUCUCUCUUUGUUCUUGGGUCACUUGAUCUGUGUCUACUACACCGGUGCUGGUUUGAACCCAGCCAGAACUUUCGGUCCAUGUAUUGCUUCCAGAUCCUUCCCAGUGUACCACUGGAUCUACUGGGUCGGACCAAUUCUCGGUGCCGUUCUUGCCUUCUCCAUCUGGCAAUUUUGGAAAUUGCUUGAUUACGAAACCUGUGUCGCUGAGGAGGAGGAGUAA